AUGAAGUAUCGGAGUACCAGGGGAGGUAUAAAGGGUGUCAGCCUAGAAGAAGCUAUAUAUACAGGAUUCGCCAGUGAUGGUGGGCUACUGUUACCUGAAACCCUACCAGUCAUAGACAGAUCUCAACUCAAACUAUGGGCCCAACAACCCGACUACCGAUCGUUAGCUUGCAAAAUUGUUCCCUUAUUUGCUGGAGAUGAGCUUUCUCAAGAAGACUUGGAAGGUAUUCUAGACAGAGCCUACAGUUCCAUCUCUGCACCAGAGAAGAUCCCGAUACGGAGACUGUCAAACAAUCUUAUAAUAGCAGAGCUAUUUCAUGGUCGGACCUGGUCGUUUAAAGAUUACGCGAUGUCCGUCAUGGGACAGUUACUGGAACAUUUCUUAUCUCGGGCUAAAAAACAUCGGACAUUGUUGAUAGCUGAUGGUAGCUCAGAUGAUAUGGAUGAUCUAUUUAGUCAUAUCUAUGCCGAUGAAAAGUUUGUGAAACAACACAAUAUCUCGUCGUUAAAUUCAGUCAACUGGGGACGAAUUAUGUUACAAAUUGUUCAUUACUUCUAUAUUUACCUUCAGAUAGAAGAGUCGUGUGAAAAGGAGUUGGAGAUUGUGGUACCCACAGGUGGAUGUGGUAACGUAACAGCGGGCUGUAUAGCGAAGUUAAUGGGAUUGCCUAUUAGAUUAACUAGUUGUGUCAAUGAGAAUGAUACAGUUGAUAGAUUGAUUAAAACUGGUACCUUGUCGUUAAACCCGGUCAAACAAACCAUUUCACCAUCUCUCGAUAUACAGAUGCCGUACAACAUGGAGAGAAUCUGGUUUUUAUUGAACAAUGGUGAUGGUGAAAUGAUAAAUAAGAUAAUGACAGAAUUAAAAACACACUCCAAAUGUCAGUUACCGGAUUCUUUACAUACAGAGCUGACCAAAAUUUUUGGUUCAUUCAGUGCCGAUGAAGAUGCCAUUAAAUCAACCAUAAAGAGAUGUUAUGAUGAAAAUAAGUACACCAUUUGUCCACAUACAGCAGUGGGCGUGGCUUAUCAUUAUCAUCAAUUACAAAAAAAUACAGAAGCUGACGUCAAACGAGUUGAAUUAGCAACAGCAUCACCCGCCAAAUUCCCUGAAGCUCUGGGACUAGCAGGAGUACCACCAACAGAAGGGCUGCCCCAGUACCAAAUGGACAAUCUGGAGAAAGGAGACGACUGGUUGAAAGCAUUAAAACAGACCAUUAUAUCUAUAGACGAAAGAUGGACAGUGUAA